UCAUAAAUGCUUUGUAUUUAAGUUAAACAGUAUCUUUAAAGAAAAUUAAUUUGUAUUUUAACCUUUUCAUCUUUUUCGACCGAUGUUUUGGUUCUUCGGGUUAGUGACUGGCCGCCCGUCAGCGGACAGUCUUCUCAGACGGUGUUGUUUACUGUCGCUGCAGUGCUAGCUGAAUGCAUUAGCCGUGCUGGAUUGUCUGAAAAGACUUUUAAAUAUGGUGUUCCUGUAACUGAAAAGUACCCAGAGGUGGCCUUUGGGAUUAUACGAAGUAUUUUUCCGACUGUUGUUUCACUUAGGACUGAGAUGAUCGAGGUGGUCGCCUCCGUGGCCAGAGGCCCCGUGUUUUUGGCCGGGGAGCUCAUGGAGUGUCUGAUAACCUUCACCAACCCCAUGUCUCACCUGUCGACCUCAGCCAGCAGUGAGAUGCUGGCGUGGGCCAGUGCUCAGAUCCACUGUCAGUUUCAUGCCAGUGAGAACAGAGUGGCCCUGCCGUCCCGCGGCCACAAGCAGGACGUCCAGGCCGAGAGCGACACGGUGCUGAUUCCCAGCAGAGGAGAGCGUGGACAGUGUGUGCUGGACACACCACCCAAGAUACUAUUUUGUGACCUGCGCCUGGAUCCUGGAGAGAGUAAAACCUAUUCAUACAGUGAGCUCGUACCCAUCGACGGCCCUCCUAGUUUCCGCGGUCAGGCGGUGAAAUACGUCUACAAGCUGACGAUCGGCUGUCAGAGGGUCAACUCGCCCAUUAAACUGCUGCGAGUCCCGUUCAGGGUGCUGGUCCUGCAAGGGAUGCCCGAGCCUCCGUUCCCUCAGGAUGAGGAGGUUUCUCCGUCCAACCCGUUCCUGGAGGAGGAGGAGGCGAGCCGGAGGGACGCCCGGCCUCUGGAGCGCGCCCUGGACAUGCUGAUGGUCACCACCUCCAGACGCUGCCCCCACAUGUUUAACAUCACCAACAUGCGCGGGAAGGUGGCAAAGUUCUGCAUCUUCAAGACGGUGUACCGGCUCGGGGAGGACAUCAUCGGCACCUUCAACUUCUCGGAGGGAGACAUCCCCUGCCUGCAGUACUCGGUGAGCCUUCAGAGCGAGGAGGAGAUCCAGGAGGCGUACCGGCGGCGGCCCGGCCAGGCGGUCAGCGUGACGGGACACGGGCGCCACCUGGAGUCCUGCCUGCACACGGCGUCCAGCCACUUCUCGCUGCCCAUCCCCCUCAACGUCACGCCGGGCUUCAGCACGGACGUAGUCAGCCUGCGGUGGCGCCUGCACUUUGAGUUCGUGACGGCGCGGGAGCCCAUGGAGCCGCCCACCGUGCUGCAGAACCAGUCGGAGGUGACGGUGUGGGCAGGGGCGGAGCACGUGGACGUGGACACCUUCAGCUGGAACCUGCCCAUCAAGGUGCUGCCCACCAACCCGGCGCUGGCGUCCUACGUGUCGCAGUUCACCGGCACCAACAGCAUCACCAUCUGACUGUCGCCGGCUCCCCUCACUGAGCCGACGCAAGCGCACGCGUGUGUGUGUGUGUGUGUGCGAUUGUGCGUGCGUGUUGUGCGUCUUUCAGCGCUGCACAUUCCAGCAACACGAAGCUAUUCCAGAGCCAGCGGAUGCAGACGGAUGUGACCUGCUGUUUAUCUUUCACAUCAGACUCUCCAUCCAAACACGACGAACUCUGACGAUCUGUAUUUAUUUUAAUAUCCGACUCUCGGAAAAUCUCUCUUUUUACCAAAACAUGGAUGCUUAUGCAAGCUGUUGUUUUUUGUUGUUUUGUUUUCUUUUUUUAUUUGCAGCUUGUGGCUGUGCAGGAACCACAGAGAGACGUCAGAAAUAUUCAAGACCUUUAUUUGGAUAUCAGCAGAAAACAGGUCGAAGUUAACAGAAAUAUAUUUUAUUGUAUCUGAAACAUCUGAAAACACUAAAGAGGGAAGUAUAGAAAUAUUGCAUUUAGUAUAAAAACAUCUGUUUAAAUUCAUUUUACUGCUUCUUUUAGCUGCUAAGUGUGAGAGCUGUUAAAUACAGAAGAUUAAAGAACGACUGGUUCCUCAAACUGCCUUUUAAAUAAACUUUCAGGGGCAAACGUCGUUCCUGCGAUCAUAUACGAAGCUUCAGUCGUCACUCGUGGCGUUUCUGUAAGCGGUUGCUCGCGGCGGGCGCGGGGCGUGUCUGUCAGCCGUCCAGCUGCUGCUGCAGCUGCAGCGCCCCCUGGCUGGGGUCCGUGUCGGCUCCGCCCGGGGAGCACGGCAGGCGGGGGUCCGCCGUCUGGACCAGGACCACCUUGCA